AUGUCCGUGCAGCCAUUGUUUAACAAAAUUGCUAUUGUUACGGGUGGGUCCCGCGGCAUUGGGGCAGCGAUAGCUAAGGAGCUUGCAAAACGCGGAGCCAAACUUGUCUUGACAUACAAUUCCAGCGAGGCCCAAGCAAAGGGCCUCAUGAACGAUAUCGAGAGUUUGGGAGGGGAGGCUAUAAUGAUCCAAGCAAGGGGCACCGAUAGAAAUGCUCCCACUCAGGUUGUUGAAGUAGCGGUGAAAAAAUGGGGACACAUCGAUAUCAUUGUCAACAAUGCCGGCUAUGGCGAGAAUGUAUCAUUGCAAGAUCUGACGCACGAGCAUUGGGAUACCACCAUGGAAGUAAAUGUUCGAAUGCCUGUUUUCCUGCUCAAGGCCGCCCUUCCUCACCUAGGAGCAUCCCCGCGAAUCGUCAAUAUCUCCAGUGUGGCGGCUAGAGCUGGGCCUCCAAUGAUGAUAGCCUAUGCGAGCUCUAAGGCAGCCCUGGAAGGUGCGACCCGUUGUUUUGCCACAGAACUUGGACAGCAGUACAAUCUCACUGCUAAUUGUGUGGACCCUGGUCCUGUGGCCACUGACCUGUGGCUUCGAGACACCUCCCAGGCUGUACACGACGGUUGGGAAAGACGUCAAAAAGAUACACCGGCUGCCAAUCGAAUAGCUACUACAGAUGAUAUAUCCCAGAUCGUUGCAUUCCUUGCCGACGAGUCAAGCAGAUGGUCUACAGGGAGUAUCGUGAAUGCUAAUGGUGGGAUUCUCUUUUCAUGA